GAAGAGGGAGGAAGAGAAAGCGAGGGAGGAAAAGGUUUGUGGAGAAUCAGAGAAAGUCUGUGCUGCACUACUGCAAGCUAGGCGCUUAUAUACGCUGACGCUUUGGCUUUCUUUCCGCCGCCGCUUGGUUCUCAGCUUCUGGUCAGGCAUGGGUGGGCACUCCUGCUGCUACAAGCAGAAGCUCAGGAAGGGCCUCUGGUCGCCUGAGGAAGAUGAGAAGCUCAUCAAACACAUUACCAAGUACGGCCAUGGCUGCUGGAGCUCGGUUCCCAAGCUAGCAGGGCUCCAGAGGUGUGGGAAAAGUUGCAGGUUGAGGUGGAUUAAUUACUUGAGGCCUGACCUCAAGAGAGGUACAUUCUCGCAGCAAGAAGAAGAACUCAUAAUUGAGCUCCAUGCCGUGCUGGGAAACAGGUGGUCGAAGAUUGCGGCGCACUUGCCGGGGAGGACGGACAACGAGAUCAAGAACUUGUGGAAUUCGUGCAUCAAGAAGAAGCUGAAGCAGCGAGGGAUCGAUCCCAGCACCCACCAGCCGGUGGCCGACAGCGCGGUGGCUAGCAGCGAGAAGAACUCGGGCGCGUCGAGCGACCCCCGAGUCCCCGUGGCGGCCAACGCGGAGGCGGGGGGGCUGCUUGAGCAGCUGACGCCGUCGGCGGCGGAAGAGAGCAUCACGUCGCGGCCGGGGAAAGAGGUGUUCUCGGACCAGUUCCUGGUGGGCCACGAGGCUGCGGCCUCGAGCGGACGCUCUUCGCUUGGGUUCUUCCCCUUCGGCCUCGCCGCCGCAGACUGCGUCGUCCAAAGCCACCUACUCUGGCCCAGCCAUGACCUCGCAAUGUCGGCCGCGGCGGUCUCCGCCUCGAUUUUCUCGACCUCGGUGGCGGCUCCGACGCCUCCACCCGCGUGCCUCGACGGCGCCUCCAUCGGGAGCUGGUACGAGGCGGAUUGCUUCGCCGGCGGCCGCCGCAGCGUCGUGGAGGAAAGCAGAGGCGGCGGCGGCGGGGGGAUGUUCCCAUGGUCUGACCUGCCGACGUCCGACAAGGACAUCCAGGCCCAGCUCGGAGGCGAGGGCGAGGGAGAGGAGCUCAAGUGGUUGGAGUACCUCCAUGGCGCGCUUCCCCCGCCGUUGCAACCGGCGCAGACUGCUCCGUUCGGGGCGGGAACCCAAUUCGCCGCGAGUUGCCUGAGCAAUUGGCAGCAGAGCCAACAAUUUCUGCUGGAGCAGCAGCAGAUUCAAGCUCCGGAGAUUUACGGCAAGGAUUUCCACCACCAAAUCUGGAAUCCAAACCUAUCAAAACCUCAAAUUUAGAAGAUUUGAAGCAAUAAAAUCUUCAAAAAACUGUAAAAGGUUAGUGAACAUCACGCACAGAGUGCUCCAAAACCCAAAGCUCGCAUCUCCUUUUUCUCCUCCUCUUUCUUAUUCUUCUUUUUUUUUCUGGAUUUUUAUUCUUCUAUAUUCUUGUUUUCACUUGAAUAAUUGUUGUAUCUUGUGGCCAAAAAAUUCAAGUUUCUAUCAUCUACCUAGUUUUUUUUCUUCA